UUUUCUCUCCACAGGUUCGAAAAGCUCUCUUUGAUGCCCAACUUUUGGAUGUCCAUUUCACUAGAUCUUUCUACAAGCACAUACUUGGUGCCAAGGUUACUUACCAUGAUAUUGAAGCCAUUGAUCCUGCUUACUACAGAGACCUUAAGUGAAGUGGAUGCUUGAGAAUGACAUAAAUGAUGUCCUGGACCUCACAUUUAGCAUGGAUGCAGAUGAAGAGAAGCUGAUAUUGUAUGAGAAAGCUGAGGUAACUGAUUGUGAGUUGAUUCCUGGAGGGCGUAACAUUAGGGUCACUGAGGAGAACAAGCAUGAAUAUGUGGAUAGGGUAGCAGAGCAUCGUUUAACCACUGCAAUUAGGCCUCAGAUUAAUGCUUUCAUGGAAGGAUUUAGGGGCCGUUCGGAAUCACUCCGCUCUGUAACUCCGCCGCGGAGCGGAGCGGCAUGCAGUUCAAUUUUAGCGAGCGGCGAAAGUGGUGCUCCGCCCGCUCCGCUCCCUGGCGGAGGAGCAGAGGAUUCCCGAACACCCCCUUAAUGAGCUCAUUCCUCGCGAGCUAAUAUCCAUUUUUAACGCCAAAGAGUUUGAACUGCUAAUCAGUGGACUCCCUUCUGCCCGGAUACAGAAUCAAUCACUCACCUCCUCCUGCAAUGCCACCACCUGCGUCCAUUUUGGGAAGAGCUAAAUUCAAUUACUGCCACGCUACCGACGGACCUACACCAGCUCUGGGGACAGGGCCUAACCAACAAACCUCGCUCCACGGUUAUCAUUGCUAUUCUAUGGAAUAUUUGGAAAAGAAGAAAUGCCAAAGCUUUUCGGAAUGAACUUCAACCGAUCAACCUCGUAGCCCGCUCGGUUGCCGACGACCUCAUGCUUUGGUCCAAUAGAUGUUCCAAUGAGCAAGUUCUGCACCUUCUUUGAGAUUGGAGUACCAUGUUGUUCCACUUAUCUAUGAGAUUGUAGCUUAAUUGAUUUGUACUCUCAACCCCCCUUCCCUUUCUCUGCCUUGUAAAUGUACUCUUUUAUCUAUUAAUGAAAUGGUUCAGGCAGGCGUAAGCCCGCCGUAGCACCGUCAA